CAUAGAUUCAGUCAAUUGUUGUCAUAAGACGUGGCAUUCGUUGAGAAGAAAUGGAUUUCAAUUCGCGUCCCAAUUCUGUCGACUCUUUCGGCAAUAGAGUCAACAAUAGUGUCGUCAAUAGUGUCGUCAAUGCGGGGGUCGCGCCGCCCAACGCCCCCAACGGCCCUCUCAACCACUUCUAUCACUACAACGCGGCGGCUCUCAGUCCUCCUCACGUGACAGCGCUGGCCGGCGGACAGCAGUCGCCGUACGACCCGUCGAUGGCUUCGAACCAAAUGGCGUUUCAAAGCAAUCCUCAGCUUUGGACUCAACAAACGGAUUAUUUGUCGCAAUAUUACAGUCAAUACUAUCGCGAGUAUUACCGCCGAUAUGUGCGCCAACAGCACGAGAUGCGCGCCGCCGCUCAACACGCCGUCCAACAGCCGGCGCCCCAAUUGCGGACACCUCUCAAGUACGGCAGUCGGCGCUGUCACGCGCGCGCCGUCUUCUCGCGACACGACAACCGUCUACUCGUCGUCGACAACACGACGCAAAGGACGACACUUCACGUCUACUGUUUGCGCGAUCUCUUCGUCGACUACCUCUUCGCCGACCUCUCGCUCUCUCCACUCCUGCGCGAGCACUCGGGCCUCCCAUUCGCGUCGCGCGACACGUGUCUCGAGUGGCUGAGGGGUCGGCGCGAGGCCUCCGACCGGAAGUCGAACUUCGAGUUGAAACUCGUUUUCCGCGUUUUGGAAAUGCUUUUGAAACAGACGCGCGUCAAAGGACACGACUUCGCCGAACUCCUAUUUCCUCAUGUCGUCGACGUCGACGCCCUUAACCGCCAGUUCCCGCGCGAGACGGAACUCCUCACGCAUUCGUUGAACACUUUCCGCGCGCUUCUAAUGCGCGGACAGCGCUCUCUCGCUCUCAACCACGCGCUCGACCUCAACAACGGACUCAUGGAUCACGCGCUGACUCUCUCCUAUUUGUUGACGCGAGACGACAACCGAAGCGACAGAAAGACGACAACAAAUGAUUUGAUGAUCAAAACCGUGAAGAAGUUCUGCGAAACGCUUCAUCCGAACGAUCCGCUGCACGUCUUCUACACGUCGCUCGUGAACGCCGUUCAGCGCAAGUCUUCGGUGAAAACUUCGGUCACUUUCGAGUCGUUUCUCAUUCUGUUGUCGAAUGAAAUCGACUUAAAUUCGGUGCAAAUGUCGGACAAACACAACGUUUUCCCGCAUUUACUACUUCUCGUCAAAAGUCUUGUCGCCGACGACACGACGACGACAGCCGACGACAGCGUCGUUCUCAGCGACGACUUGUUUGAGAGCGAAAUGGACGCCAUUCUGAUCAACGAGUGCCUCGAAUUCGCGCGCUUUUCGGGCCAAAAGUUUAACCGAAAACUCGUCGAAAAGAAAGUGAAAUUCGUUUCUCUUCUCUUCGACUUCGGAUUCGUCGAGAAUUGUCUUCAAUAUUGCCGUCAAUUCAAGACAUUCGACGACCGCUUCGUGACAUCAUUACCGCUCAGACGUCUCGUCUACGAACUCGAGUCGCGCUUCGAUCCAAACGUCGUCCCUCUCGUCGUCGACGACACGACAACCGGCGACGACCUCUACGCCGACGACCAGUCCCUUAACGUCGACACCUCUGCUCAACAGUCGUCGUUCGACACGACGCCCGACGACAGUCCGCAACAAAGUGAUAGACAGCCGAUCGAGUCGACGCCAUACGUGUCGUCCGAACCGCUGCCGCCGCCGCUCUCUCAGCCCCCGCUUCCACAGCAGCCGUCGCUUCCGAACCCGGCGUUUGAUUUUUACGGACAACUCGUGUCUCCGCAACCCGUCGUCCAAACGCCGACGCAAUACAACAACGCGUUUGUCGACAACACGACGACAGCGGCGACGACGACGACGACGACGACAACAGAGACGCCGUUUGUGCCGAACGGAGAGCCCAACGGCGACGCCUUGUCUUUCAUAUCCACCUCUAAUGCCAUUCCUUCGAUGCCUUUCGACUUCGAGCCCUCUCGCGAGCUGCCCAACAGUCGAGAGGCGGCGCCCUUCCCGCCGCAGGACUCCGCGCGCUCCUAUCAGUCGCCGCCGACGCAGAGGACGACAGCGCCGACGACGACGACGACAGCGAACAACGAGUUGGACGACAAGUCGUCGCAGAAGUCGUCGUCCGGACUCUUAUCGAAACUCUUUUCGUUCAGACCCAAGAAUCAGGCGAUACUUCCGGACGACUCGAAUCCGACUCUCGUUUACGACAAAGCGCUCCAACAAUGGGUCGACACGUCGGCCGCCAAAGACGCCAACGGCGCCGUCGCGCCCCCUCUCGCCGCGCCUCCCGUCGGGCCCACGACAGCCGCCGGACCGCCCGUCUCGCGCAAGUUCGAGUUCAAGAGCUCCAAGCGCUACGUCGACUCCGUCUAUCGCACUGUCGGCGCGCUCUUCGCCCGCAACCACUCGUCACUCGCGAUGACGUCGGCGUCGAUGGGACGCUGCGGUCCCUCGCAAAUCACUUUCCGAAACAUGAAGUUCUUAAUAACAGACAAGCCGACGGACGCCACGCUCUCGCAAUACAUUGAGGAACUCAAGCGCCGCCACGUGUCGGACGUCGUGCGCGUGUGUGAGAGCACGUACUCGUCGGCGCGCCUCCAGUCGGCCGGAAUCACGUGUCACGACUGGGCCUUCGACGACGGAACUCCGCCGCCGCAGUCGGUCAUCAAGAACUGGGUGUCGCUUCUGUCGCACCGCUUCCAGGAGGAGCCGAACGCGUGUGUGGCCGUCCAUUGCGUGGCCGGACUCGGGCGCGCGCCCGUCCUCGUGGCCAUCGCGCUCAUCGAAGCGGGCAUGAAGUACGAGGAGGCGGUGGAGAUGAUCCGGGAGGCGCGGAGGGGCGCCAUUAAUGCCAAACAAUUGCAGUAUUUGUCGGAAUAUAAGUCCCAAAAGAGACUCCAAUUCUCGCAAAACUCGAGCAAAAGAUUCUGUGUUUUGACAUAAUUUUUAUUUCAAUAUUAAAUGUUUGCUUAAAAA